AAAACCGUGGCGGAAAGAUUGACCCGGCCUGGUCACCCAGCACUGCACAGCGAGUAGAAAGGAGAGCCGUCUUUCAUUUUCAGUGAGGAUAUAAUCAUUGCCACCGGUAGACGCCCCUGCAUGGCCUGAGCGGACUUCAAUCUUCACGCAGUGAAAGAAGAAGCCCUGUUAGUGUUAUGUUCGGUUUGAGGAAGAGAGGUCUCCUUUACGGACGGCAAUAACGCAUCCAUUCUGUACCUGGAGCUAAAUAUCCUCCAUAUCCAGAUAUCACUGGCUGGAGAAAGUCAGUGUGCACCCGCAUACGUAGAUCUACUGAGGUUCAGUACAGGUUUUGGCCUUGGUCCGUGGUACCGCGCCGCCCGCUCAUCAUGUUGACAGAGGCUGGCGUUCCCGUUGUUCUACUUCUCUUCUGUUCGGUACUGGGACGGCACGCGGUGCUUGGCGAAACCACCAACGUUCUCUUCAUAGUCGUUGACGACCUGCGACCAGAGCUGCAGGUUUACGGAUAUCCUCGCGUGCGGUCUUCGAACAUUGCGGGCUUUGCGAAGACUGCCACGCUAUUCCGCAGUGCCUACUGCCAGUUCCCGCUGUGCGCACCGAGCAGAACGUCAUUCCUGACGGGCCGACGGCCAGCGACUACGAAGGUGUUUGACUUGACGACCUACUUCCGGGAUGUGCCGGGGAUGGAGGAUGCUGUCACGCUACCGCAGUUCUUCAAGAACCAAGGCUACACGGUCAGUGGCGCUGGCAAGAUCUUUCAUCAAGGAUCCUCUUCAGGUGAUAAUGAUCCAAUCAGCUGGACGGAACCGUACUACUUGUCGCCGAACAAGGGAAAGUUUGGCGGCACCAGCAUCUCGUGGCAAGCGCGUGAUGAGGACGUACUGGAGUUUCCCGAUGCGCAGAUAGCCACACACACCAUUGAGCAGCUGCGCUCGCUCAAGGACGACAAGUUCUUCAUCGCCAUGGGACUGCACAAGCCUCACCUGCCGUUCGUCUUUCCCAGCGAAUACCUCGACUGGUACUCGGGCAACAUACCGUUAGCCAACCAUACAGAUGCCACUGAAGGUCUUCCAGACCUGGCGUGGAGUUAUUACAACGAGCUGCGAGCGUACGGCGACAUCGAGGAGCUUGAUUUGCCCGUAACCCCGGGCAACUGGAUGCCGGCAUACAAGGCGAGGCAGAUGCGCCGUGCGUACUGGGCAGCAACGUCGUUCAUCGACGCCCAGAUUGGACGAGUACUGGUGGAGUUGGAUGCGCUCGGACUGGCCGAGACGACGGCAGUGGUCAUUGCCAGCGAUCAUGGCUUCCACCUGGGAGACCUGGGUGAGUGGUGCAAGCAGACUAACUUUGAGCCGUCAAACCGUGUCGUUCUGCUAGUGCGUGACCCGUCACUGCCACAGUCUCGCGACCUGGUUGUCAACGAAAACGUUGAACUGCUCGACGUUUACCCAUCGCUGGUGGAGAUGACCGGACAUAGUGUGCCGGAGUACCUGGAGGGGAAGUCCCUGAAGCCGCUGAUGCAGGAGCCGGGUUUCGUGCCGCCGCUCUGGCACAACGCAAGCUUUUCGCAGACGCACUCGCAGCACGCGCGCAGCGUGAUGGGCUUCACGGUGCGGACGACCGGCUGGCGCUACACCGAGUGGGUUGCUUUUGAUAACUCCGCCGGUGAGCCUCUGUGGCAUGACCUGCGCGGCACGGAGCUCUACGAUCACCGCAACGACGCCAAGGACGUGUUUGGCGGACACGAGGAAGUGAACCUUGCUGACAAGUCUGGAUACGAGGAACUGAGGUCCCAGCUCCGGUUGUUACUGCACAGCCAGUCUGCCAUAACACCUGUGCCUCCAGUUUAGGCGACUGAUGUGAAUCAGGACGACACCGAUCGCUUGGUGUGAAUAGAGCCAAGUACUUUGUGAUUACCGAUAAGCACGUGCAUUUUGCAUAAGCAGCCAACCGGCAACAUUGCGAUCGCAUUGCAAUGUUUGAUGUUCUCGUAUGCCAUGGGGUGUGCGGUCACGGUUCAUGGCACAUGUGUUGUGAUUAUCAACUACUACAACUUGAAAGUCUUCUUGGUGCUCCUGCUGGACAGGAAACCAAACAAAAACCUUUGCCAAGCUACUCCUCUCAACCUGACUUCUGAGGCUAGGAAUAUUUAGAGUUGCCUCCACUUCAAAGUUUUAUGCAAGAGCUAUCAUAAAUUUAUUGACUAUAGGCUCUUUAUGUCCGAGCUUGGCAAAAUCUGGCUUUGGAAAAUUUAAUUUUUUCACUGAUACCAGUUUCGGCUUCAUGUUCUCUGUGCUGCGCUGACGAGUCCACAAAGGAUGAAACAGUUCUUCUGUCUGCAGAUUGAGUAGACUAUAUUUUCUAUACCAGGUGUAAAAUGCUGUGACUAUUUUGAGGCAAUUUCGUUUUUUUCUUCGACUUGAACAGGCUGUCAUUAUUACUUAGGAUACUAACCUCCCGAUACUAAACACAAUCUCUUCCACACGUCUCGAAUAGGAUAAUGCUGAAAUUGAUAUUACCCGCACACAUA